AUGGUGAAAUUAAGAGCCAGAUGUGUUGUCGUAGUGUCUGUCUGUCUCUUUGAGAAAUCAGUGCCUAUCCCAGAGGUGGGUGAUGCUGUGGAGUUCUACAUCUGUGAUUCAGCCGGACGGGAGCCAUUUGCAGACGCCUGUGAGAACAUGUGGAAUCAGCCCAUCAGAGUGCUGCUGGGGAAUAAGAGUGACCUGUCGUCCAGGAGGGAGGUGGACGCCGCCGGCGCGCAGUCAUGGGCUCAGAGUCACGGGCUGGAGUAUCACGAGACGUCUGCUAAGGAGAUCGGUCAGUAUGAAGCUCCGUUCCUGAGUAUGGCUCGAGCGUUUCACUCGCUCUAUCAGGAUCAGAUCCAGAUCAUCCAGAGUCUGGUUUAAACUCACCAGCGCUCGUCUGUCUGUCGUGUGUUUGUUCUCUGAAAUAAAACUCGUUGUUCCUCUCUAAACAUGCUCAGUGUCUGAGUGCGUUACAGUUCAUGUGAUAAAUGAAUCUUGAGUUAGUCAUUUUAGUUUUAAGUUAGUAAUCUCAUGA